AUGAAGUUUCUCGCGACGACGUUGGACGGAUGCGACGUGCUCCUGGGGCGCGAUUGGCUGCGACGGCACAACCCGAUAAUCGAUUGGACGACGGGAUCGUGCAGCAUCAGCAAGGACGGGAAGCUGAUUACUCUGCCCGCGUGGACUCCGGACUGCAUCGAGUCUACAUGCGUCAAAGCCAUCACUAUUACACGCCACGUCAACAGGGGUGCGCAACUGUUCGCCGUAUGCUUGCGCGAGUUGGCAGCCGACACCGACGGAAACGACAUCGAGAAGCUGUGCGCAGCUGUACCACUUGAUUUAGUGGAGCUGAUUCGACAGUACCAUGAUAUCUUCCCCGACGAUUUGCCACCUGGCCUGCCACCCGAGAGACCCGAAGACCACAAAAUCCAGCUGGAGCCUGGCGCGCAGCUGACUGUUCGUACACAGUGGCGGUUGACUCAGCCCGAACUCGCGGAGCUUCGAAGUCAACUUGAGUCACUGUUGGAGAAGGGCUUCAUCCGACCCAGUACUUCGCCCUUUGCCGCGCCGAUCCUGUUCACACCGAAGAAGGACGGCGGCAUUCGCAUGUGCAUCGACUAUCGCGCGCUCAACCGGGUUACCAUAAAAUCUCGCUAUCCCAUCCCACGCACCGACGACCUCCUCGACCAACUUCGCGGCGCUCGCUACUUCUCGAAGAUUGACCUACGCGGCGGUUACCACCAGAUCAGGGUCUUCGCUGACGAUUGUCACAAGACCGCCUUCCGAACCCGCUACGGCAGUUACGAGUUCACCGUGAUGCCUUUCGGCCUCACGAACGCGCCAUCAACAUUUCAACGCACCAUGAACAGGGUAUUUCGCGAUCUGCUCGACAAAUGUGUAAUCGUCUACUUGGACGAUAUUCUGAUCUUUAGCAGGACACGCGAGCAGCACCUCCGCGACCUCGACGCAGUGUUUAAGCGGCUACAGGACAACCGGCUCAUCACCAAGGGUUCUAAGUGCGAGUUCUUUAAGCAAGAGUUGGAGUUUUUGGGGCACGUCAUCUCACGCGACGGCAUCAAAAUCGACCCGAAGAAAAUCAAGACCAUCCAGGAGUGGAAGGCCCCGACUAAUGUCACGGAACUUCAGAGUUUUCUGGGGUUUGUGAAUUAUGUCCGGCGGUUUAUCCCGAAUAUGGCGGGGAUAACCGGCCCGCUGACCGACCUGCUGCACAAGGACAGAAACUUCGUGUGGGGGGAAGAGGCUGAGGCGGCUUUUCAGGAGUUGAAGCAGUUACUGGUGUCCCCUCCGGUUCUUCGCAUCGCCAAUCCAUCCAAGCCGUUCGAAGUUGUCACCGACGCCUCGGAUUUCGCCAUCGGUGCAGUGCUACUCCAUGAUUUUGGCAACGGCUUACAACCGAUCGCCUACGAGUCACGCAAGUUGCAGGCAGCCGAACGCAACUACCCGAUUCACGACAAGGAGAUGCUCGCCAUCAUUCACGCGUUUAAACUGUGGCGAUGCUACCUGACAGGCGCCGACGUCACUGUGCGAACGGACCACAAGUCAUUACAGUACCUACGCGCGCAACCCAACCUCAACCCACGACAAAUCCGGUGGCUCGAUUACAUGGAGCCACAUUUCCACUACAGGAUCACGUACAAGAAGGGGGCGAAUAACAUCGCCGACGCCUUGACCCGACCAACAGUUCAAACCGCAGCUGUACUGAUCACCCAUUCGAACCCGCUCCUUUCGGGACUAUUCACCCACGGCUACACUACGGACCCGUUCUUCACGACUGGAAAUCACCAGCAGGCGACGACGCAGAAGGGGAAUUAUUACCUAAAGGCCGGAACUGACCGGAUUUGGGUUCCCGCUUACCGGCUGCUGCGUGAACUCCUUAUUCAGGAGGUCCAUGAUUCCAACCUCUCCGGACAUUUCGGGGUUGAUAAAACCCAGAAGCUGUUGCACCGUCAGUAUUAUUGGCCUGAUUCUGCUAACGACGUGCAGCGAUAUGUGUCCUCAUGCAGGGUGUGCCAAGCCAUGAAAUCGACACGUCAGCGGCCAGCUGGGUUGCUGCAACCCCUCGAGCCACCCGAACGACCGUGGCAACAGGUGACGAUGGACUUCGUCACGGGGCUGCCAGCUGGGCCGUCCGGCAACGACGCUGUACUCGUCGUCGUCGAUCGCCUCACAAAAAUGGCGCAUUUCGCACCUUGUCGCACGACAAUCACCGCCGAAGAAACUGCACGCCUCUUCAUCUCCACCGUUGUGCGACUACACGGCAUCCCAUCGGCGAUCAUCAGCGACCGGGACCCAAAGUUCACAUCGAAAUUUUGGAAGGAGACGUGGGCGCAGUACGGCACGAAGCUACAGUUCUCGUCGGCAUACCACCCGCAAACCGACGGCCAGACCUAA